AUGUCGGAGAAACUCACUCGUGAUGAUUUCAAUCCUCCUCUCACUGUUGAAACAACAACGGAAAAGGCUGAUAACAUCAUCAACUCAUAUCACUCUGUAACUGCUGCUAACCUCACAACAACGCACGGGUCAGAACAAGAAAAUGAUUCACCAACUACUUCCUCGUGUCAUGCCACUUGUCAACCAUUCUCAUCAUCACCGCACAACACACAUGAAUUUUCGGAAGUGAUCCAACAAGUGUCCUCUCUUGAAUUAAAUUCCAAUCCAUCCACUCGCUCUGAAAUCAAUCGUCAUGAAUCCAUCAAUUCUUCCAUAGGUCUUCCAGAUCAGACACACCACAAUUUCAUAGACUGUCAUCCACAUUAUGAUGAGAACUCUAAUUUUUUAAACCAUUCCACAACAUCAACCAAUUCUAUUAAUUCUACCACCAACAUCUCGUCAAGUUUCAAUUCAAUGACCACAACUGAGACACAACAACAUCAACGCACCAAAUCAACACCUAUGGAAGAAGAUGAAUUUACUCAAGCAGAUGAAGAAGCUUCUAAAAUACCAAAUGAAAAGUGGGCCUUAAUGGACAAUAUUGGAUUUCCACCUCCCUAUGAUUCACAUGAAAAAGAAUUAUAUGAACAAUAUAUGACUAGUUCACAACGAAAGAAGUUUUUAUCUGAGUGUAAACAAUCGUGGCAGGAAUAUUUCAUGACUUCCAAUAAUGGAUUUUACAAUCGAGUCAGUCACAACAAUACUUUAAAAUCAUUAAUUAGGAAAUAUGGUAUUCAUCCAAUAUAUAGAAAGAAAAUAUGGUUAGAAUUGAACCAUGUUGAUAAAAAGAUGAUUGAAAAUCAAGGAUAUUAUCAGAAAAUGUUACAAGUUCAUCAAAAUAUUUAUAACGAAGCUGAACAUCAAAUUGAUUUGGAUUUAUCAAGAACAUUUCCUCAUCAUCCUUUUUUCAGACAUGCAAAUUCUAAAGGAAGAGAACAAUUGAAGAGAAUUUUAAUUGCAUUCUCAUGGAGAUCUCCAUAUAUAAGUUAUACUCAAUCCAUGAAUUAUAUUGUUGCCAUGCUCUUACUACAUUGCGAUGAAGAAACUGCCUUUUGGUUAUUUGUGGAGCUUGUGGAAGAAAUUUUACCAAAAAAUUUUUAUAAUCCACAAUUGACAGGAGUACGAAUUGAUUCUCGAGCCUUAGAUGAACUGAUUAAAAAUCGACUACCUAAAAUGCAUGCUCACUUCCAAAAGCUCAAAUUAGAUUGUACGGCAUUUAGUAGUGGUUGGUUUAUGCGUGUGUUCGUUGACAUUUUUCCUAUAGAAACAACAAUGAGAAUUCUUGAUUUGGUCUUUGCUGAAGGAAACAAAAUUCUUUUCAGAACAGUGCUAAGUUAUUUGAAAAUUUAUGAAUCACAUCUUUUGGAAAUGGAUAACAUGGGAGAUGUUUUGCAUUUUAUCAACUCAGAUCCAUGUACCAUGUAUGAUCAUAUCAAGUUGACAAAGAAUAUGUUUUUAUUUUAUAGACUCACUCGACAAGUUUGCCUUUCGUUGAGAACCAAGUACAAAGAACUUAUCGAGAAAGAAGAUGAAGAAUUAGAGAACAGGAGAAGAAUGCUCAAAAAAUAA